CGUCGGGUUCCGUCUUGGUCGAACGAUGAAUCGGCGUCGUCGUUCUCCACUCCUCCACCCCGCUUGCUUCCUCCUCGCCCGACCGCACUCCGCCGGGAUCCCCGUCCGGCCGCCCAACCCUCCUUCCCCCGACAACAACGAGCGCGACGAGGGCUUCGUCAAGAUCCUGUGCGACAUCCUCCGUUCCCGCCCGCAGGGCUGGCGCGCCGCCCUCGCCUCCCCCUUCGUCGCCAACCGCCUCCGUCCCCGCCACGUCGAGCGCCUUCUCCUCAUCCUUCACCAUCAACGCCACGACGAUCCUCGCCUCGCUCUCCGCUUCUUCGAUUUCCUCGGCCUCCACCACCGCUUCCCCCACUCCCCCCUCUCUUUCGCCCUCCUCGCCCACGCCCUCCUCCGCGCCGGCCUCCACUGGCCCGCGUCUUCCCUCCUCCAGACCCUUGCCUCCCACCCCGGCGUCCUCCCGGUCGACGCCUUCCGCGCCGUCGCAGAGGCCGGCCGCCUCUGCGGCGCCCCCCGCUCCACUAUCGCAUUCGACUUCCUGGUCCAGGCCUACCUUCAGAUCGGCCGCCCCUUGGACGCCCUCGCCGUCCUCAGUCUUCUCCCGGAGCCCCGGACCUUCAGCGACGUCAUGCACGGAUUGGCCAAGGCCAGGAUGUUCGAUCUGGUCUUCGCGGUGUUCGACGAGGCCGCGAGAUCUGGGAUCACCCUCGACGUCUUCAUCUACACUGCGGUGGUGAAGGCCUUUUGCGAGCUGAAGGAUUUGAAUAGUGCUAAAGAAAUCAUUUCCCGGAUGGAGGCCGAUGGGGCAAAUUCUAGUGUCGUCCCGUACAAUGUGUUGAUUCAUGGGCUUUGCAAGAACCGAAAGGUUACGGAGGCGAUGGAAAUCAAGAAUUCUUUGGGGUCGAGUGGGUUGAAGGCCAAUGAUGUGACUUAUUGCACUUUGGUUCUUGGACUUUGCAAGGUGGAGGAGUUGGAAACGGCUGUGGAAAUAACCAAGGAAAUGAUCGACUUAGGCUUGGUACCGACCAAAGCUGUUUGCUCCACAGUGGUGGAUGGAUUGAGGAGGAAAGGAAAGCUAGAAGAGGCUUUUGGAUUAGUUCAUAAGCUGGGAAACGUGGGGUUGAUCCCCAAUCUGUUUGCUUAUAAUGCUUUGAUCAAUACUUUGUGUAAGAGUGGGAAAUUUGAUGAAGCUGAAUCUCUUUUUGCAAAGAUGAAGGAGAAAGGUCUAUCUCCGGACGAUGUUACCUAUUCAAUAUUGAUUGAUUCGUUGUGCAAAAGGGGCAAAUUGAAUAAUGCCCUCCAGUUGUUCGACAAACUGAAGGAAGAAGGUUUGCGAGUUACCAUUUACCCGUACAAUUCUUUGAUUAAUGGGCAUUGCCGAUCAGGAGGUUUGACCAAAGCAGAGGUUCUCUUUAGGGAGAUGACCGAGCAAGGAUUAUCACCAAAUGAAUUAACUUAUACUUCAUUGAUAACUGGAUAUUGCAGGGAAGGGGAUUUGGCUAGUGCUUCGAAGCUUCACCGCCAGAUGCCUGAGAAUGGUUUGACAUGGAAUACUCAUACUUUCACAGCCCUUAUUAGUGGAUAUUGUCGGGCUAAAUUGAUGGUGAAAGCUGCUGGAUUGUUUGAUGAAAUGGUAGAACUGAAUGUGUUGCCGAACCAAGUGACCUAUAAUGUCAUGAUAGAAGGAUAUUGUUCUAUAGGAGAUACGGCAACAGCUUUCCAGUUCUAUGAUGGGAUGGUAAAGAAGGGCAUCACCCCAGACAAUUAUACUUUUAGGUCCUUGAUAACUGGCUUGUGUAUGUGUGGCAGAGUGGCUGAAGCCAAGGAAUUUGUAGAUGAUCUACACAGCGAGCAUCAGGCACUAAAUGAGAUGAGCUGCAGUUCCCUUCUUCAUGGAUUCUGCAAACAAGAAAGAAUAGAUGAUGCCUAUGAUCUCUGGAAAGAAAUGGUGGAGAGGGGAGUAAAUAUGGAUCUUGUCUGUUACAGUGUACUUAUUUAUGGAUCUUUAAUGCAGGAUAAAGUAAGAUCACAUUCACUAUUAAGAGAAAUGAUCAACAAAGGAAUUAAGCCUGAUGUUAUUUUGUAUACUAAUAUAGUUGAUGCAUAUUCGAAGCUAGAAAAAUUUUCAGAAGCCUUAGUUAUCUGGGAUAAAAUGGCCGCUGAGGGAUGUCAGCCAAAUGUUGUGACAUAUAACGUACUGAUAAAUGGAUUGUGUAAAGCAGGAUUCUUUAAUAAAGCACUGAUGCUUUGCAAGGAAAUGCUAGUUAGUGGAGUUCUUCCUAAUAGUGUUACAUUUGGCUCCUUGCUCGACUGCCUUACUAGAGAAGGAAAUAUGAAUGAAGCUGUAAUGCUGCAUCGAGUGAUGCUUAAUGGAAUUUUAGCCAAUACAGUUACAUACAACCUGCUAAUAAGGGGUUUCUGCAGAACUGGGAGAAUUCAGGAUGCUGCUAGCCUUGUUGGUCAUAUGGUUCAAAAUAAUAUUUUUCCUGAUUGCAUUAGUUAUUCGACACUAAUUUAUGAGUACUGCAGAACGGGUAAUCUAAAUGAAGCUUUUCAGCUAUGGGAUGAGAUGCUUAGAAGUGGAUUGAAGCCCGAUACGUUAGCAUACAAUUUACUAAUACGUGGUUGCAUUAUAAGCGGUGAGCUGGCUAAAGCUUCUGCUUUAUACGAUGACAUGAUCAGAUGCAAUGUGAAGCCAAAUUGGGCUACAUAUACCUCUCUUAUUCAUGGUAUAUGCUCGAUGGGCACUAAAGGACGGCAAACAUUUCUUAUCGAGUAAAUGUAUUUCAGAGUAACCUGUGGUUAUAUGCUCUCAGCAAUGGAUUGAUCAACAGGUGGCAGGAUAGCUGCUAUUUCCUCUAUUCAAUGCAUAAUGCUGAGGUUACUGGUCGGUCGAUUUGACAUAAAACCCACCAAUUAACUCGGUUACAGGUGUGGUUUUGUCUGACAUAUUUAAAAGUAAAGCUAUUUCAAUGUAUUGAUUCUCUCAAAACUACAUGGUGAGAGGCAUCUUCAGAAGGGCCCUUAAUUCAUCUGUGGUUUCAGGUCAUUUUAAGAUGUGAAAGAGUUUCAAAGGAAAGCAUUUACUGUUCCAAAAGUUCAACUUGAAGGAAGGUGAUGGCUGACUCUGGCAAUUGAUAACCAUAACGCUGCAAACUAGCAAAAUCUGAUCUUCCAUGAGUUGGAAAGUAAGAACAAAAGGAAGCAUGUAUGUUUCAGAUAUUUCUUCAUUCUGAAGUUGUUUCCUGCUUCGGUUUAUCCCUAAAACUAUACUUCUCUCUAAUUUUCCUCUGUUCAAUUUUUCUGGUUGUAAAUUCUUGUACGAAACUGCUUAUUGAUUUAGUUACACAUCACAAUCUUUAUAAAUGUUACUUGCAAGUAGUUAUCGUAC